AUGCGUUUUUCUCCAUCCAUCCUCCUUCCCUUUCUCCCCUCCUUAGUCUCAGCAUGGUACCCUCCCACUCUCCAGGGCUACAACCUAGUCUGGUACGACCAGUUCGAAGGCAACUCGGCGACCUCGCCCAACACUGGCCGCUGGAACAUCAUCAACGGCAAGCUCAACGUCAACCACGAGCUCGAGACCUACUCGUCCUCCACCAAGACCGUCCAGGUCAGCGGCGGCUACACCCUCCAGAUCGUCCCUUGGCGCCAGCAAAAUGGCAACGGUGACUGGAUUUCCGGCCGCCUCGAGUCCACCUACACCUUCACCCCCGCUCCGGGCAAGAAGACCGUCGCCCAGGCUGACAUACGCUUCGGCAGCAACCCGACCAACACCAAGGCCGGGAUCUGGCCGGCUUUCUGGCUACUAGGCAACGAGCUUCGAACAGGCGGCAGCUGGCCCGCCUGCGGCGAGCUCGAUAUCCUCGAGACUGUCAACGGCGAUCUGAGGGGCUACGGGACCCUCCAUUGCGGAACGUUCCCUGGCGGGCCUUGCAACGAGCCGACGGGCAAAGGAGGCAGUACCGUGAUCCCGAACCAGGACUGGCAUACGUGGAAGAUCGAAUGGGAUCGCACGUCGGGCGACUGGUGGACUUCCAAGAUUUCGUGGUACAUGGACGGGGUCAAGUUCCAUGAGGUUUCGGGACAGUCGCUCAAUGAGUGGACGGCGUUUGACAAGAUUAGCAAUAAGCCGUUGUUCUUUAUUUUGAAUGUGGCUGUUGGCGGGGACUGGCCCGGUAAUCCGAACAGUAACACCAAGGAUGGGUAUGGGUCGAUGAUGGAGGUUGGGUACGUCGCUCAUUACGUCUCUAACUGA